AUGGAGAGAGUUGGUGUGGCGAAAUUGGCGAAGGGGGUGAUGAUCAUAAUGGUGCUUCUUCUCGUGCAUGCUGCUGUUGAGACGGAAGCGAGGAGGAAAGACGAGUGCUUCCGGAAAUGUUCUUCCCGUUGCGUCGGCAUCACCAAGCCCCUUUGCCUCAUCAUGUGCAUGAGGGCAUGUGGAUUUCCUCCUCUGAUGAACCUCGACGACACUUGCGUCUCCGGCUGUGCUGAAUCAACCUGCAACAGCAUCGGCCCUCUCGAUGCAGAUGAAGCGGAAGGCUGUGUGGAUGCAUGCUCGGAGAAGUGCAAGAUCAAGCCUAGUGCCACCGGCAUGAAGCCUUGCUUUAAGCGUUGCUACUUUCGGUGCGUCAUUGAUCCUCGUCGCAGUGCGGCCGAAUGCUGUGCCAAGUGCAUGAAGCACUGUGCACCUCCUUCAUCAGACAGCCUCAAAGAUGCCCAGUACUCUUGCAUUCUUGGAUGUGCCUACCCCUCGUGUAUCGCUUUCAGUUCAAAGGAUGAGCCAAGAGAAGAAAAAGUGGCAGGUUUUGUGGAUUCUUGCUCGGAGAGAUGUACCAAGCAUCAUGGGGAGCCGGCCAUCUGA